GCACGGGCGGAGCGGGGCGCGGGCUGCCCCAGCUAUAUCUGCGCCUGCGCGGCGCCGCUGCGGGGCCAGUCGGGACGGAGGAGACAAGAUGGCGCUGCGGGUGAUGCGGGGCAUCGUGAACGGGGCCGCGCCUGAGCUUCCUGUACCCACCAGUGGGCCCAUGGCGGGGUCUCGAGAACAGGCGCUGGCAGUUAGCCGGAACUACCUCUCCCAGCCUCGUCUCACAUACAAGACAGUAUCAGGAGUUAAUGGUCCACUAGUGAUCUUAGAUCAUGUUAAGUUUCCCAGAUAUGCUGAGAUUGUGCACUUAACACUACCUGAUGGCACGAAGAGGAGUGGGCAAGUUCUAGAAGUUAGUGGUUCCAAAGCAGUGGUUCAGGUAUUUGAAGGGACUUCAGGUAUAGAUGCCAAGAAGACAUCCUGUGAGUUUACUGGGGAUAUUCUCCGAACGCCAGUGUCUGAGGAUAUGCUUGGUCGGGUAUUCAAUGGAUCAGGAAAACCCAUCGACAGAGGUCCUGUUGUACUGGCUGAAGACUUCCUUGAUAUCAUGGGCCAGCCAAUCAAUCCUCAGUGUCGGAUCUAUCCAGAGGAGAUGAUUCAGACCGGCAUUUCGGCCAUAGAUGGCAUGAACAGUAUUGCUAGGGGGCAGAAAAUUCCUAUCUUCUCUGCUGCUGGCUUACCACACAAUGAGAUUGCAGCUCAAAUCUGUCGCCAGGCUGGUUUGGUAAAAAAAUCCAAAGAUGUAGUGGACUACAGUGAGGAAAAUUUUGCGAUUGUAUUUGCUGCUAUGGGUGUAAACAUGGAAACUGCCCGGUUCUUCAAAUCUGACUUUGAAGAAAAUGGCUCAAUGGACAACGUCUGCCUCUUUUUGAACUUGGCUAACGACCCAACUAUUGAGCGAAUUAUCACUCCUCGCUUGGCUCUAACCACGGCCGAGUUCCUGGCCUAUCAGUGUGAGAAACAUGUAUUGGUUAUCCUAACAGACAUGAGUUCUUAUGCUGAAGCACUUCGAGAGGUUUCAGCAGCCAGGGAAGAGGUUCCUGGUCGACGAGGUUUCCCAGGUUACAUGUAUACAGAUUUAGCCACAAUAUAUGAACGCGCUGGUAGAGUGGAAGGUAGAAAUGGCUCUAUUACUCAAAUUCCUAUUCUCACCAUGCCUAACGAUGAUAUCACUCACCCCAUCCCUGACUUGACUGGAUAUAUUACAGAGGGGCAGAUCUAUGUGGACAGACAGCUACACAACAGACAGAUUUACCCGCCUAUUAAUGUGCUGCCCUCGUUGUCUCGGUUAAUGAAGUCUGCUAUUGGAGAAGGCAUGACCAGAAAGGAUCAUGCCGAUGUAUCUAACCAGCUGUAUGCAUGCUAUGCUAUUGGUAAGGAUGUGCAGGCCAUGAAAGCCGUAGUUGGAGAAGAAGCCCUUACCUCAGAUGAUCUGCUUUACUUGGAAUUUCUGCAGAAGUUUGAGAGGAACUUCAUUGCUCAGGGUCCUUACGAAAACCGCACUGUCUAUGAGACUUUGGACAUUGGCUGGCAACUGCUCCGAAUCUUCCCCAAAGAAAUGCUGAAGAGAAUCCCUCAGAGCACCUUGAGCGAAUUCUACCCUCGAGACUCUGCAAAGCAUUAGCUGCUACUUCAUCGCUGGCUCGAUGCUCUUGUGAAAUACUGGUUCUGUUUUCUUUAUUCCUUUUGCACUCCCCCAUCCCCACCUUUGUGUUGGAGUUUACUGUGUUACCCUGUAAUUAAAAACAAAGAGUAGGUAACAUA